UGAAGAUUGAAGUUGCUGCAGUCUGUGCUUUGCUGACCCGCCAAAGAUGAACAUCGGAUCGGAAGACGACAACUUGUUGGGGAAUCAUCCGGAAGCUUCAGACGCCCCGCUUCCAUCUGAUCCUGCCCCGGAGCCCCGGGUCCAGACGGAGGAUCAGGUUCAUUUCCAUUAUUUUAAUAUUACCAUAGAGCUGUACUCUACUGAUGAUGAGGAUGAUUUUACUGAUGAAGAUGAGGAGGGGGAGGUAGACGUCGAAGCGGUACAGGAGGUUGAGUAUGAAGAGGAUGAGGAUGUCAGCUCUUUUUCUGGGGAGUCUCUUGAGGUGUCUAGUGAGUUCUCUGGGUAUGAUACCGUGACCUCUGAGGAAGAAGACGAUGAAGACGAUGUCCUCCUUUCACUACGCCUUCGGUUCACCCAGAGGAAUCCCCCCAACUGCAGACCCCCAUCGAACCAAGAGCAGCCAGAGGAAUCCCCGGAAGGCCAAGAAGACCACCCACCUGGAGGGACCGGCUCUGUCUCCAGGAGAAGGACGAGAGAGGAAGAUGAUGAAGAGGAGCCGUCUGGGAAGAGGCCUUGUCGUAGAAGAGAAGCUGAGGAUUAAGCAGAAGAACCAAACCCUUCCCAUCUUCCUUUGGAUCAUCUUCCGGGAAAAUCUAGAUGUACUUGAUGACAAUUGGAGGUGGAAAGGCUGAAAGACUGGAAACAGUCACAGAAUGUAGAUAGAAUUUAUUGAUUGUUUUUAUAUCUGGCAGGUCUAGGGAUGCCUUAGGUAGCGACUUGCACCGUGGCUUUUCUUUUCCCCGCUGCUAGAUUUGGUUUUCUAGAUGUUAAGGAGUCUGGCAGGUCUAGGGAUGCCUUAGGUAGCGACUUGCACCGUGGCUUUUCUUUACCCCGCUGCUAGAUUUGGUUUUAAGUUUUAGAUUUUAAGAAUUUGCCUUCAGCACAAACAUCUGAGCAGAGACUGAGGACAUGCUAUCAACUUUAAAUGGUGUGGAACAAGAGAGCUGGUUAAGGCAGAAACAAUCCUAACAUGCUCUACAUCUAAUGUGAAACACGAGACAAUCUCCUAGCAACAAAAGGCAACCCAAACAAUCCAAGGCUUGAUUAAAGAACAGAGAAGAAGAAGAAGAAACACAGAAUGGAAGCAAACGAACAACAAACAGACGAACCACAAGGAGGCAAACCAAGGCAAUAGAUGGACAUCGCUGCUGGGGACGCAUCAAAACCAAUAAGGAGUGAGGCGGCACUGCUUAGGACUAAAAUGCAGGAGGUCAGACUAAAAUCCUAAAGGUCUAAACGUGGAGCUGAGGA